GUUAUCGUUCUGCUCGCGCACAGAGCUGAUGUGUGCUCGCGUUGUUCCCGUUGUUUCGCAAAUCUUACUAACUUUCUGUGUGUUGUUCCUGUUCAUUGAGUAACAGAUUUGCCCACAAACUAUACAGGCACAGAACGCAUAGUCGGCGUUGGUGGUGUGCGUGCGUGUAUUUUUUUUUACAUUAGGAUAGGCACUGCUGCGCGCUUGGGUGAGCGCAGUAGGUUUGUGUUUGUGUUUUGUCGUUUGAAUAAAGUACGUACAUCAUCAGCCAUCAUCGCCACACAGAGGAGAUAUCAAAAUGGCUACUAGUGAUGAUGAACAUUACCAUCUCUACGAGGUGUUUCAAAAUUGCUUCAACAAAAUCGCCAACAAGCAGCCUGAAAAAGCAGGCUAUCAGUCCCCAUAUGGCGGCAUGGACAAUGGCGUGUACACACCAGAGGAAUAUACUCACGAAAGCCCAGUGUCCGGAGGCCAAAGGUACACCUCGCCCAAGGCGGGUGGUGCCCUCUAUCAACCCGAUGCGUACUAUGAUGCCCCUGGCGGGUCCUGGUAUCCGUCGUCGUCCAGUGGUGCAUACGCGCCCCAUUCUGCCGGCUCCGCAUACCACAAUGUAGGCCAUGGGGCGCACCUCGGCGGACCACAGCACAGUCACGACCAAUACGCAAUGUCACCGGUCGGAGUUUCCCACAUGGAUGGUCACCUAAACCAAAAUCAAACACAAGCACUUCCACCGAUGAGCACCUUCCGGGGAAAUACUGCUCAGAUACCAUCAAUCGGUUCCCAGGGACAGAACUCACCCGCGAUCUACAACGCAAUUGCUGGCCAUCACAAUCAACAUGCACAACAUAGUCCAAUUGUACAAAACGAUACACUUGUUGGCAAUGCACUGAAAACGAUGUAUCCCACUGAUCAGAGCAUCAGCAGUUACGGUUCGAAUCCAACGACACCAGUGAACUCACCUCCUCCACUAACAUCACAACAGCAACAGGCGGCUGCAGCAGCAGCAGCGGCCGCAGUCGCCGCUCAGCAACAAUCCUCCGUCGGUAGUUUACACGGAACCGGUGCGCCUGGAUCGUCCAGCAGUUCAUCGGCCACGGCGUCAUCUGCGGCAGCAGCGGCCGCGGCGGCAGCGGCAGCAGCUGCAGCAGCCGCGGCUGGUCCUUGGCAGCAAAUCAAUCCUGUGAUUAACAAUGGUCCUGGAACGACAGUCGGUUCCGCGGCUGCUGCUGUGGCAGCGGCUGCCGCCUUAAACGGCCUACCGAAUGGUUCCUAUGCCCCGGAGUUGGUACAUCGAGGUUUACAGCACAUGGCAAACUCUCCCGAGAUCCAACCGUUGGACGAUGCGAUUGUGUCGCUGCUUAGAGAACAUUCUGAGAAUGGAACGGGCACCCGCAUGGAAGAGCGUCUCGAUGAUGCGAUCAACAUCCUGCGGAAUCACUGCGAACCGCAGGUCGGUGUAUCGCUCUCUUCGCUCGACGGUAACUCUCCAUACGGCGCUGCAUCCAGUGGUGCUGGAUCUUCGUCGAUCAUUGGACCGUCCGGUAGUUCCCAGUUACAUCAGGACGCAACCAGUGAUUUGCCGCCAUCGGCCGCGGCAGCAGUGGCCGCAGCAGCAGCCGGGCUAGUUCCAGUGAAAACGGAGCGACUGCCGAACACUCCGAUGGCGAUCAAUACCAAGAAACGCAAGGAGCCACCAGAUUCGGAUACUAAACCGAGUAGCUCAGUAACCGGCUCGUCCAAAGGGGCCAAAAGGCAGCGCAAGUAUAAAACUUCGCGUAGUUGUUCUAGUGCUGAUGAUGAUGACGACGACGAUAUAGAUCCAGUCACAAAAGAUCGCAAGGAGAAGGAAAGGCGACAAGCUAACAAUGCACGUGAGAGAAUUCGCAUCCGAGAUAUCAACGAAGCACUCAAGGAACUUGGCCGCAUGUGCAUGUCCCAUCUCAAGUCCGAUAAACCACAGACCAAGCUCGGUAUUUUGAACAUGGCCGUCGAGGUGAUCAUGACGCUCGAGCAGCAAGUGCGAGAACGCAAUCUGAACCCGAAAGCCGCCUGUCUGAAGCGGCGAGAGGAGGAAAAAGCGGAGGAUGGUCCCAAACUGCCCCCACACAUACUGCAUCAGGCGCCGUAUCCCUCACUACCCGGUCCACCGCCAAAUCUUCCCCACAAUCCUGGGCCACCACAAUAGCAUAAUAAUUUAAAUAAUUUAAUUCGAAGAUAACACAGCAAGCAACACACAUGUACAUAUUCGACAGUAGGUGAAUCGUACGAGUGCUCGGACUGGUGGAUGUGGCUGUAAGUGUUGAUCGAAUGAUUGUUGCGAAAAGAGUGAGUGUGUGUUAGUGCGAGAGAGAGUGAAACGAAUAUGAACGCAUGAGGCAAGUUUACACGUUAGCGCAUGCCUGCGUUAGGAGUAGCAAAUAGAAAAAGGUUUGUGUCGCUGAUGAAAGAUAAAAAAAAAAACUGUAAACUUUUAGUAUUCUAUGUACUUUAAAGCAAAGUCACGAGACGAUCAGAUAGAGAAGAAAAACAAACAAAGUAAGGCGGAAACAUGAAGAAAGCGAUAAGUUUUAUGUAUUUAUUUUUCAAAGGAAUCAAACUCCGGAACAGAAAGGAAAAAAAACAACACACCAAUCAAGAAAAGGAAUCUAACUUAUUGGCGAACGGGUGCAUAUCGAGGGGUCACAGAAGUGGACCAAUUGAACCGCACAUCGGUUAGACUGUUAGAGCAAAUCGGGCAGAACAGAAGCUUUCGUUUGUGCUUUGGGAGUUCAAUUUUCGACCUUUACCAAUCUUAUAUGGAAAUAAUAACGGAUUAUCCUUCUUUUCGCAUUGUUUGUCCGAACUCUAUCCAAAAUAACCAGUUUAUGAACGCAGUAACAAUUCUGAAAGUGGAUUUUGCGAAUCUGUAAUUGUUCAAGUAGUUUGUUUUUCAUGGUAGUAACCCAAGGCUAUGAUUUUAUUGCAUUUUCCACUGUUUGUAUAAAAAGUGAAUUCUAACGUGCAAACAAUUCGAAAGGGAUUGUUUCCGCUAUGGUAAAAAGCUGUAGACUUGCUGCUACUUUUUAAAGGAAGCAAACUUGUUAAAGGUACAACGACUCUACAGAAUUUUUUUUUACUAAACCGAUAAUUCUCUUUCUAUUCAAAAUGUGUACACGAACAAAGUUUUGAAUACAGAUUGGAUUUGAUCAAUUUUAAAAAAAUUUUUACGACGACGAAAGUUAAACUCCCACUGGGUUGAUAUUAGGCCGAGGUGAAUUUGAUCCACCAGGUAUUUGAUUCAGCUUGGCUUGAUAUCGGUCGUAUCGCACAACUGCGAGCUUAGCUCCCAAAGAAACUGCUGCUAAUUUACUAAGACCUUCUACACAGCAUUGUGCUGCUCCGUCAAUCCGUUGUGAAACGGAACGUUCGAAUAGCCAAACGAAUAAAGCAAUCAGUGUUGUUAGGUGGCAGCAGCACCUCCUGUUAAACAAUCAAAAACACAUUUCAAAGGUACUGACACAAAGCAAUAGAAAGUAGAAUGAAAUAUUGUAAAAAACAGUGGGUUCCUUCCGAUUUUACAUCGACCACAGAUGCUCUCUCUCUCGGUUCCCCGGUUUUUGCUUUAGGUGAAUGCUCUAGCUCUAACUAAGGCACCAAGAAAAGAUUUCAUACACACGCGCACGGAUACUUACUGAUUUUACUUAAUUUACAGCGUAAAGUACAAGACUAUGUAAACCAACCUGGUCAUCUUAAUGUGUCGAAGCACUUAGAGAACACUUGCAAACAACUUAAAAACUGAGCUAACGAUUGAUUUUGAUUGAUCAUUCAGAAAUGUCUCAAUUCUCGUGCUGCUCGCUGGUAUUCCAUAAACGCAAGACAAGCGAUUUUCGCGUUUGUGAUUAGUACGCAUUCAUUUUACACUCAGUCAGUUCACAUUGCCUUGCAAAGGUGCCAUUGCGGUCCGUGUUUUGGUUGAUGAUAAGUUCUAAUUCUCAGCUAUCAAAAGCGAACCUUGAGCAGGCUUGAUAUUGAUACAUACCUCCUUCUUCAACAAACGCAAAGGAAAGUUGUUAACUAAUACGUGAGCGUUCUUUUUCCCGUUUGCUUUCCUCUCGAUCCGUUAGCCGUUUUAUUUUCGUGUUUUUCCAACCUUUAAACGAAAUGAUUUCAUGUGAUAUAUAAUAAAUUAAAAAGGCUCCAAAACGAUAUUUACACACACCCAUACUUUUGCACUAGUAAGAGAAGGGAGAGUGAAAUGUGCUUAGAAGUUGAAAGAAGCAACAACAGCAACAACACAAUAGUGCGCUGAAUACGAGAAUGAAUCACAGGAGGAAAUAUUCUUAUUGAGUAUUUUCUGCAAACCAUCAGACAGCAACACAACAUAAAAAAACGGUAGCUAGUACUAAAGCAUCACAAAUAGAACUAAAGAUUUCAAAUCCUUUUCAAUGAUAGGAGAUGAUACUACUCCGCAAAUGUGGUUAGUUUUUUUAAUGAGAAAUUUUACUUAAUAUUUUUAGUUAGGUGACUAAGUAGAGAUGACAGGAAACAGCAGAGUUAUAUUAUUUCAAUACCGGAAACCGCAAGCAGCAGAAAAAUAGAAAAAUUUUAUCAUUAGUUAUUCUUAAUUUUAUUGUAGUUUUCCUUUUUUUAAAUCUAUUAUUAAUUGUAUUUUUAUAUUGUAGUUUUAUUAUAUUUUCACUAGAGUAAAACAAACGUACCGCGUAAACGUAUGUAAAAGAAGAAACCAUAACGUGCUAAAGUUAACGACACGAGAAGGACAGAAAAUCAAUAUGUUUAUCUGUAAGCUGACAAAUCACAGAAGGAAAGAGUUUAAGAUAAUAAACUGUAUUAUUCAUUGUAUAAAAUAAACUAGAAAAGAAGUAAAGCAAGAGAAAUCACACAAAGCAAAAUAUUUCUUUUUUUUUUGUUCCAAAUAAUUUUAGAACGUUUAUUUUUAUUAACUUAAUUUUAAAGCAAAAUCCGCAGAACGGUGCAGAUGGCGACACAAAAUUGCAAAUGAAACGGUAUUUUUUAUGGGAAAACUAUAUAUUUUAUAACGUUUUAUAUUCGGACGUGAAAGUAGAGUAAAUAUUCCUUGAAAGGAUGUGAACAAUUUCGCGUCACUGCUCCUUUUUCUCUUGCUCUUCCAAACUUCCAAAUACACACGGGGAGGAGCAAGAAGCAGAAGGAGAAAGAGGAGGUGCACACAAAAGUAAACUUCAAACUCCUCGCCCUUUCUGACCGCAGUUGGAACAAUUGCAACAACAGGCACAAAUCGACCGGUUUGGCACUUUUUGUCUUUCGCAUUGUUUUAUAUUAAUUUUCCUUCGUUUCCUUUGCAUUUGUUUAAUCGUCUUCGAAUUUUGAAAAAUAAAGGGAAGACCACCAUGAAAGUGAACUACUUACUAUCUCUAUCUAAUAUAUGCCAACAACCAGUGACAAAUAAUAAUCAAAGUAGCGCCGCAGAGCAUACGCGCGAAGGAAGUUGUUCAGUAUCAUCACACGUAUAGGCAAUUAAGAAAAAUGAAAAGUAAAAAAAAGCAGCAAGCAAAUAUUUCAAUCGAAAUCUCUUUUAACAAAUAUAUAGAAACAAAGAAAGAACAGAAAAAAUUCAAACUCUAUAUAAGAAAUGAAAGAAUGAAGUCAAAUCCAGCUGAAAUAUUUAUCGUGAGAAAAUGAUAAAACCAAGUUUCUGUGUUAACCAACUUGCAAGUAAAGAAAAACAAUGAAAAUUAGUAUAAAAUGAUGAUUGGCAAUGAAGGAGACAUUGUAAAUGCCACAAAUCGAGUAAGAAAAUCAGACAAAAGAAAAUCACAGUGUAUAUUAUGUUAUAAAAAUAAAUGUGCCAUUUUUCCAUAAUAAUUGAA